AUGUCAUUGGGCAGCGGUUCUCCCCUGGCGCCGAGCGUGUCCCCCCCCGCGCGGUGGGAUGGCGGGCAGCAGUGCGUGCUGCACGAGGUGACGCGCUUCGACACCCUCGCCGGCAUCGCCAUCCGCUAUGGCGCCCAGGUGCGCCCACCCGAGCCCAGCUCUCCUCGUGCCCACCUAGAUAUUCUCGUCAUUACUGCCGUGUCUU